CGGCUACUUUUGCGCCCACAGCACCGCAACCCGCUCUGCGCUCCUGCGUGCCCGCCCCGCGUGCAGCAAGAAUUCCCCGCGAAACAAAGGGUCCUGCGGCCAGCGUGCGCCUGCCUUUGAACCCUGCGCGCCCUCGAAUAGCCGCCAAUUGCGCCCCGCCUGUAGUGCACCCGCACACGCACAGCGCCUGCCCGCCGCCCACCGUCGAAGCAGCACACGCGCCUGUUCCUGCCCGCGCACUCGGCAAGCAUGGCCCAAGGCCCAGUGCAGCUGGCCCCGGGGCUCAUAUCCUUCCUCAAGUCGCUCAAGACCACCCCCGCCGACCCCUCGGUCGAGCAUCUCAUAUCCCUCCUCAAGCGACGCCAGAUCCGCAAUUCGAGGCCAUGCGCCAUUGCCACGACGGCGCUCAUGCUGCGGGUGGUCGGCGAGUUCAAAGGGCGCGACGCCGCGAAGCUCGUGGAGCGCAUACGCCAGGUUGGCCGACGGCUGACGGCAGCUCAGCCGCGGGAGGUGGUUGUGGGGAACAUCGUACGGCGUGUGCUGGGUCUGGUGCGCGAAGUGCUCGACGACAACACAGGCGGCGACAGCCAUACCGGGAGCGAUGCCGGCCACCACACUCCCGUGCACCACGACUCCAUGACCCGGCCGACCCUCUCUUCGAGCAUCUCCACCUUUAGUCCUCUCAGACAUGCAGCCGCAGAGCCCAUGGACGCGAGCAUGGCGUCCGACAUGUCCGACUCCUCGGAGCUCAACCGAAGACCACCGCUUCUCACCUCGCAUACCUCAUACGCUCCCGCUACUUCCGCGCCUCUGGUCAACUCGCUUUUUGGCCUCUUCUCGCAACCGGAUGACUCGAACGCCAGCACGCCAACGGGAGCAGCAUCCCCGGACGGAAAGAGUGCACACAGCCUGAACCUGGAAAGAUUGGCAGACCUCAGCAGGAGUACGAACAUCGACCUCAAAAGCGAAGUCAUGGACGGCAUUCGGGAGCUUCAGGAUGAGUUGGAGCAGUCUGACGAGCAGAUUGCUGGCGUCGCGCUGGAACAUAUCCAUUCGAACGAGAUUAUACUCACGCAUACUGCGUCAACAACCGUGCAAAAGUUCCUUCUUAGUGCCGCGAAGAAGCGCAAGUUUACCGUAGUCCAUGCCGAGACCUACCCGCACGACAACACCGCAACUCACGGUAUCCUGCUCACCGGCCGGAAACGAGAAACGCGGCUGGACGAAGAUGACGAUCCGUGGAAGCCUCUUACUGCUGCUGGCAUACCCGUUUACGUUAUUCCAGACUCCCAUGUCUUCGCCAUCAUGUCCCGUGUCAACAAAGUCAUUUUAGCUACGCACACUGUUUUGGCCAAUGGCGGUCUGGUCGCAGCUGCAGGGGCCCACAUGAUUGCAAAGGCUGCCAAGGAGCAUCAAACGCCUGUGGUGGUCCUAAGCGGCGUCUACAAGCUGAGUCCGGUAUAUCCCUUUGAUAUCGACGAGCUCAUCGAGUAUGGAGAUGCUGGAAGAGUCGUCCCAUACGAGGAUGGCGAGUUCGUAGACAAGGUCGACGUAGAGCACCCGCUGUACGACUACGUCCCAGCGGACCUUGUCGACCUCUACAUCACCAACCUUGGUGGACACGCACCCUCGUACCUUUACCGGAUCGUCGCCGACCAUUACCGUACGGAGGAUAUCACUCUAUGAGCGCACGCUCGUUUGUGGGUCGUCUUCACAACAGACGAUAGGCUUCAAUUCCGGUUUCGUUGUAAGCCUGAGUAGCUGUAGAAAGAUCCUUUGAAAUCAAUGUAUACCCAUUCUGAUGUAGUCCAUGCAUACACCUUCCGCAACAUGGAGCAUGCACUCCUGAGUACCCAAUUUAUUUUCUAGCAUACAUCAGCGUGCAGUAAAGAUGC